UUGGACUAGAAUUAAAUAUGUUGAAAAUAUCAAUCUUGAAGGUGGAAAGUCCUGCCUGCCUCUGGGGUCGGGUAGUGGGUACUGCUGUUGGUGAUGCACAGUCCAUGGGGCAAUACAACCAUAUGAUGGCGCAAAUGAACCUUUUCUACCAUGACGUCACCCAGGACAAACACAAACUCAAGGUCUCGUCUUUUGAGAAGGAACAGAUCUGUGUGGUGUACUGGCCUACUAUGAAGUCUUGGUGUCGGGCAAAGAUGAAGGCAGUCAUCACAGACUCUGUGUCCAGUCAAGCUCGAUGCUUCCUGGUCGACUAUGGAGAACAGCUUGUAGUUCCCACAGACCAGAUUCGAGUGGCUAUGCCAGACUUCCUGCUACUGCCAUUUUGGGUCCAGAGAUUCCACCUUUCAGGAAUAAAACCAACACGACUGCAAGUAUCUGUGGAUGAGGAGAAGGCAAAGAUGAUACCAUCUAGUCACUGGGACAGCUCCGCUACACUUUACUUGCAUAAUCUUCUUCAAGGCUCAACUCAAACAGAAGCUGUGUUGUAUGAAACAGAAGAUAAUUCAACAUCAAUCCAGCUGUACCUCAUGUUUGGUACUAUUAAGAUCUGUGUGAAUGAUGAACUAGUGGCUAAAAAGUUUGCCUACUACAGCAAAGAUCCAGCAGCAGUAAGUGGUUUGGACGAGGAAGAUCAAAAGCCUGUGAUGUUAUCCUCCAGCAUUUUAAACCAGGCUGUAAACCACACUCUGGCACAGUCUGCACCACAAUCUCUACCACCUCCAGAAACCCUUACUAUGGACCCUGUAGAAAAAUGCAAUUUGCAAACAGAUGCAUGUGUAUAUCAGACUCUAAAUGAAAGAAAUAUUGCUGAGAAAGAUUGCGGUCCAGAUGUGAUCGAUACAAGUUCAGUGGCUUGUGCUGCUGAAAGGUUUAGUGUCUCCACAGAAGAGACAGAUUCAUCUGUGGCUGCAGCUUUGACCAAAAGCCUUAGUCUUUUUAAGUUUUUAAAGUUUUUGAACCCCCAAAGCAUCUUCAAUCAGACCGCUAGUAUUUUUAAUUACGAGGACAAACUUGAGAACCCAGAAGACAUGUCUACAGCCACUGAAAACUGCACACCAUCACUAGAACUCGUACUUCCAAAUGAUGAACAACUAAGUGCAAGAGGAAAUGUGGACUGUCUACUUGACCUUGAUCUUAACAAGGAGCCAAAAAGCUUGUCUAGCUCUGAAACAGCUGAAAAGGAGCUGUCCUGGAGAAGUGAGGAGCACUGGGCCUGUUCUCGGCUUUUGGAGUGGCUGAACCCGAAUCCCCUAAAUCCUGAUGUUGAGACAGAAGAAGCAGAGGUUCCACUAGCAGUGGAUCCAGGAAAAGACUUGCACCUAGUUCACUCUGUGUUCCCCCUGCAGCCACGUCACAGCCUGGACAGCGCUCCCAUCACUGACCAACUCCGCCAACUUAUACAGCAGAAGCAGCUCUAUUCUCUGUGCCCCGCUGACUGGUACAGCUGGCCAGCUGUUGCUGGUGGAUGUAACACUCUGAUUGUGUCUACCAACGCUGACCGACCAAUCAGCUACCUCCCCCCUCUCCUCACCCACGUUUUGCUCAACUCCCUCUUCUUUCUCACCUCCAGCACUGGGCCCAUAGUGGUGGUGGUGUGUCCUGGUUGGGAGAAAGCUCAAGCCAUAUUUGACUUUCUAGAGGAGACCAAAGUCAGUCACAGCCUUCAUCCCAUGAUCAUCCACGUCGGGGUCAAAAAAGACGAGGCCAAAAGUAUCAAGAUCCCCAAAAACUGCUUGCUCGUGGUGACCACUCCCUUCAGUUUAGUUCGGGUCCUUUCCCAUCACUGCUUCCUCUUUCUGCGUAUGUACCACCUGGUGUUGGAUGAGGUGGACCAGCUUUUCACCCUGGCCCCAGAGCAGAUGACCACAAUCCUGCAGCAUUUCCAGAAAGUUGUCUCCAGUGAGGAUAAAACGUCAUGUCCACAGCAAAUUGUGGCUGUGUCUAAACAGUGGACGAGUCAAAUGGAAGGAUUAAUAACCAGCCACAUGCCUCAUCCGUCCAUCAUUAUCACUGUCCCUGAGGAGGCUGCUCUCUAUGCAAACAUACAGCAGGUCAUCCUAAUGAGCCUGGAAAGCUGCAAAAUCAAUGUACUUUUGGGCACUUUGGAUUUCAACCCAGAUGUUGGACUAAAAACAUUAAUCAUAACCUCCUCUCCUUGGGAAACAGAGAAUGUGUUUGAGGCUGUGAGCAACAAGUCUGCCUUCUGCAUGAAGUCCCAUGAAGGCCUAACACAUGAGUUUGACUUUGUCGUCCAGCAGUGGAGGAAAAGCAUUGGUCCUGGCUCUCAUGUUAUUCUUGUGACGACCGAUGAAUGCCUGAGAUGCCUGGGGAUCCAUGAUGCAACUUGUGUUAUCCACUAUGGAUUCCCUUCCUCUCCCAGAAAAUUUGGUAGUCGGCUCUUCUGCAUGGUCAAAAACUUCAGAAACCUCACUGAACCCGGAUCCAAACAUAAAAUAGACACUGGCUGUCGCCUUUCCAGAUCUGUGUUGAUCGUCUCUGAAAGAAACACCCGUCAUGUGGUAGGAGUUUUGCGUUAUUUCGGUCGAACCAGUGCCCCCCUCCCUCCAGAGCUGCUGUCCUUUGCUCAGGGUGUGAAUGUGGCCAGAGAGGACCAGAAAACCAACAGACCUCUUUGCAGUUACCUGAAGAGCUUUGGGAUAUGCAGGGACAGCAGUGUGUGUCCAGAUCGUCACAGCUGGAAUUCACACCUGGAUAAGUCUGAGCUUCCUUCAUCUGGAAUCAUAGAAGUGGUACCUCUCUUCAUAAAGACCGCUUCAGUGUUUUAUGGGCGCAUGGUCUCAAAAGAAACCAAUUUUGAAAGCAUUGCAGCUGAGAUCACUGCUUUCUACUCUGAUAAGAAACAAGUGGCUACCGAGGUGACUGAAGGGGCUCUGUAUGCAGUGCAGGAGGAUGACAUCUUUCACAGGGUGAAGGUCCUGACCAUUCCUGACAGAGAAGACAGACUGUUUUUCAGUGUUUUUGUUGAGUUCAUUGACAUUGGUAAAAGGAAGGAAGUCAAAGCUCAUCAGUUGAUGCAAUUACCGGAGCAUUUUCAGUCUGUCCCAGGUCAAGCUGUAGAAAUCAUCGUGUGUCGAGUGAAACCGUCUGACUCUGAGAAAGACUGGCAUCCAAAGGUCACGAGAGCAAUAAGUCAGAAGAUCAAAGGACUUCAGCACAGAGCCAGAGUAGUUCUCAGUCUGGGAAACACCAUCUUUGUUGACCCUAUGAUACGAGUCAGUCAAGUACCAGGCAUGAAAACGGUGAUAAACGAGUACAACCUCCAGUCUGAAAUCCUGAAAAGUGGGAUGGCAGAGAGUAACCGGGAGCACAUCAACCUCCUCAAAGCCCUGUGCCAGACCAACAUGAGCAGCAACAAGCUCUCAGUGUCUGUGAAUGGUGUGACAUCUUUGGAAAACCGUAUCGAGGCUGAAGAGGAGGUCCUUGCAGAGGCUUUCAGAGUGGCAGAAUUCAUGAAGCGCAGGGGUGCAGUGGAACGACCCCAGAUGCUGUGUCCCAUGUCCGUCAUAACCAAACCACUGGUUCCCUUUCCACCCACACACUCCCCCUGCCCUCUGCCUGUGUUUCUGCCUCCUCAGAAACCCCUGAAUCAUGACCAAAUGAUUGAACCUAAAAUGGCUGAUUUACUAAGUCCCAUCAAGUCAGUGGAGCAAUGCACAAGCCUGCACCCCCAAGUCUGCUGGUACCAGACAUCAGACUCCAUCAUUGUGACACUGAAACUGACAAACCCAGAGGUCCAGAGCUGUACUUUCUCAUCAGAUAAAGUUGUGUUCAGAGGGAACGUUGAUGACAAAUGGUAUGAAGCCAACCUGGAUCUUUACAAAAACAUUGCUGCUGACCGCUGCUCCUGGAAACUCAAGGCCAAUGAACCAGUCCUCACACUCAUCAAGCAGACUCCCAUCUACUGGGAGAAAUUGGUGACAGAAAAGAAUAUAUUUGUGAGUUACGACUUGGAUCAUUUUGAGGAAGAUGAGGACCGAAUAUGUAAUGGCUUGUCUUUUGUGGCGAACAUUGGGGAGGACCACUGUUACGUGAAUUCAGAGACUGAUUCGGACAGUGACUAA